AUGAAGUCAUUGUUUUUAUUUAUUCUUACAAUAUCAAAAUGCCACAUGAUGAAACAGAUGAGAGACGAAACAUCAACGAAAUUAUCAACUCUAAUAAAAGAUGUCCCAUCCAAGAAUGAGGGAAUACAGAGAAAUAAUUUGCGAAUGCCACCGAAAAUACCAUCACAGGAAAAUAGUCGAAUCUAUUUAGAGGAUGUUUUGUUUGCUUUGAAAAAUCAGAAUUGGACAACUGACGAAGAGCCAUGUUUAAAUCAAACCCUAGUUUUAAUUAAAAGUUUACAAAAUUUUACUAUGUGGGCAGUGUUUAAUUGGGAUUCUAUAUCGUCCCAGCCUCUUGGACUUUUGUAUGGAAAUCGGUAUCAACUUGGCAAUUUCGAUGAGUGUAUUAACACGCCUUGGUCUAACCUUCACCCUGAACUGAAAACACAAUACUGUUUGUCAGAAAUAGUCUUAGAGAGGACGGAUCAUUUUGUAAAGAAGAGAAAUAAAAGUCACGAAUGGAAGUAUCCUUAUGGAUCUGUACUGGAUUAUUUGCAGCACCGGCCAGCAAACACACGUGCUCUCAAUGAAAUAACAUGGGGUGUGUGCGUUCCUGCAAAUUGUGGAUCGCAGUCUGUUGAACGUCUACUAUCGACGAUGCUCGCUCACAGCCACCUCGGAGUUGCUGGCAUUCGACCAAGAAUUGCAGUAGACACGCCAUGCCAAAAGAUAAACGACUCCAGGGAGUAUGACGUACUAUUCUUUUCGUUCAUGAUUAUCCUGACGCUUUUAGUAACAGUAUGCUGCAUUUGUACAAUUCUAAAUAACGGAAAGAAAGAUAAUUCUACUAUGAACAAUAUCAUAAAGGUAUUUUGUUUAAGAAAAAAUGCAAAGGAUUUAUUGAAGGUUAAUAAGGAAGGCACCGAAGUUCUAUAUGGCAUUCGUUUCUUGACUAUUUGCUUCAUAGUGAUGGACCAUCAGAUAGGCAUCCAGAAUGCAGGACCAAUUAGUAAUGGGUUGGAAGUUGAUCGUGAUGCUCUAUCAACCACGGGGAUGUUCGUGGUGCACGAUGAUCUGUUUGUAGACACUUACUUCUUCCUCUCAGGGUUUCUCUUAGCAACUGCUAUUACAAAAUUAAAGAGAAUGCCAAAUGUUUUUAUGCUUCUACUCAAGAGAUAUAUCAGGUUGACGGUUGCGUUUGCUGUGGUUAUAUUUUAUUUAUGCGCUGUAUAUCCGUACACGGGGUCGGGCCCUUUGUGGAACCGAGUUAUAGCUGGCGAGACAGAGAAUUGCCGCCAAAACUGGUGGCUUAAUCUCCUAAUGGUCAACAAUUACAUCGAUAGUGAACAUAUUUGUCUAGUCAUAUCUUGGUACAUUCCUUGCGACUUCCACUUCUUCUUGGUGACUGUGUUGGCCUACUGGGUAUACAAGAGUUCCCCCCGACUUGGUCUCGUUUGUGCGGGUGCAUUAGCCGUGGCCUCUAUAGUUGCCCCCGCAAUACUAAACUACCUCAACAAGCUGCCCCCCGUUCAGCUUUUCAAUUAUGAGUUUGUGUCAGAUCCUCGAGCCAGUGAGCAGUUCCAUGUCACGUAUAUCAAAAGCCACGCGAGGUAUGCAGCAUACAUGGUUGGUUUUGUUAGUGGCUUUUUGUUUGUGCGAUAUGGAUCUUCUGGAAACGAUAACAAGAUAACUAAGAAAUGGUCGGUGUUUGGUGCUUUCCUGGCUAUGUUAGUAAUGUUGCUAGUGAUGAUCAACGGAGCUACAUUCCUCUGGCGUGAAUACAACCCCAUAGAAGGCAUAUUGUAUGCUGCUUUCAACAGGCCAAUAUGGGCGUGCGGUGUCUCCUUACUUGUCUUCUGUUGUAGCUGGGGUAAUGUCCCGGUGGUGAAACAAUUUCUGUCGUGGUCCCCAUGGGUGCCGCUCAGCCGACUUACUUACGGCAUAUACUUAACUCAUACGUUAUUUAUUACACGUAACGUGUUCAUAGCCAGGAAUCCUCGUAAUUUCGAUGCAUUGGACACGCUGAAUGCUGCAGCGGGAACUAUAUUUUGGAGUGGCGUGAGUUCACUUCUAAUUUGGUUAUUGGCAGAAGCGCCAGUGAACAAUUUGCUUCAGCUAUGGAUUAAGUCCAUGACAAAGAACGAAAAAAAGACGAUGAAAGAAGAAUCUCCUGAGAGUCCAAACACAAUAACAACAAUUUCGACUAGCGGCUUUGAUAAUUUUACGCCAACUAACAAAUAUUUAUCGAAAAUUUAA